AUUUGUUAUUGUGCCAUCGUGGUUUGUUUUUAGUUAGCUAACUCGCUAGCUCCAUGUAUUUAGCAGUUUUUCUUAUGAUAUAUUUUAUUAACCUGGUACUUUUACACGGCCGGAUCGAUAUGCAGAUGUUUAGUAACUUGAAGGAAUCGUAGCCUGCUCGCUCUUGCGCUGUUUGUUUCUGCCAAAAGUAGCCUACUUUGCGUGCUCGGCAUGUGUUUACACUCAACAUGGAAACAAAAAGAGUGGAGAUUCCAACAGGCGUCUUAGACGAUCUCUGCAGUCGAUUCAUCCUCCACAUCCCUAGUGAAGAGAGGGACAAUGCCAUUCGUGUGUGCUUCCAGAUCGAGCUGGCACACUGGUUCUACCUGGACUUCUGCAUGGAGAAUGCACCAGGACUACCUCAGUGUGGGAUAAGGGACUUUGCUAAGGCUGUUUUUAAUCAUUGUCCAUUCUUGCUUCCCCAAGGGGGGGAUGUACAGAGAGUUUUAGAGCAAUGGAAAGAGUAUAAAAUGGGUGUUCCAACCUACGGUGCAAUUAUUCUAGAUGAGACGCUGGACAAUGCAUUACUUGUUCAAGGCUAUUUGGCCAAGUCGGGGUGGGGUUUUCCAAAAGGAAAAGUCAAUGAGGAUGAGGCUCCCCAUGACUGUGCAGUUCGUGAAGUUUUGGAGGAGACUGGUUUUGAUAUCAGAGAUCGCAUCUGCAAAGACACGUACAUUGAGCAGAAAAUCAUGGAUCAGUUGGCCAGAUUGUACAUAAUACCUGGGGUAUCUAAGGAGACCAAGUUCAACCCCAAAACAAGGAAGGAAAUAAGGAAUAUUGAGUGGUUUCCUAUUGAAAAACUACCUUGUCACAGGAGUGACAUGACACCGAAGUCUAAACUAGGUCUUGCCCCCAACAAGUUUUUCAUGGCCAUUCCUUUUGUAAGACCACUCAGAGAAUGGAUCAACAAGCUCAAGGGAGAGUCCACAGACAGCGAUGAGGAUUUUGCAUCCAAUGGCAGUACUCCAUGCAAACCUCUGGACAAAACUUGGUCCAAGCACAGACGGGCCCAGCCACUAACUGAAGCUUCUCCAGGAGAUUCUUGGGGCAAGCACAAGCAAGCCAAGCCUCUCGGACAGCUGAGCCAGUAUGAGCUGUCGGAACUCUUAACAGUCAAGAAUCUCAGUGUGAAAGGCAAUGGAAAGAAACAUCAGGACUCUGUUAACCUAAAGAAAAGGGCCAAUGACAAUGGAGUCAGUAGCCAGCAGAAAGAGGAGAAGAAACUUCAACCAAGAAGACUACAGGACAAUUUCGACACAGUCCCACCACCACAUCCAGGUAGCUCCAUCAACGGCCACCAGUUGCUUUCAAAUGGAGACUGUGAUCAUUUGUUUUCCUCCAGAUCCUUCCUCAACUUCAAGUUCAACAGGGAGGCCAUCAUGAAAAUCUUUGACUCCUGAAAAUGAGCGAAAUGGCAGAACAAUGCUUUGGUUCUGUGACAUCCUGCUGGCCUCUAAAUGUAAAGGGGCCUAUGAAAAAUUGAGCCAUAAGAGUUUUGACCAUUUGUAAGAGCCUCUCAAAGGUUUUUGAACUUUUAAAUCCAGUUUAAAACAAGUGAACUAGCUCAUAUUGUUUCAUUAUUCAGGGCUUUAUCGUAACUUGAGUUAUGCAUUAGUUAGGGGUCACGCAGUGAAUCAUGCAUUUAUUUCAAUGGGGUAAUGAGGUGAAAAUCUAGGCCUUCAGUUUCACUAGUUAGGAUCCAACUCCUAGGUCAUGAUUUGAUAAACCAGCUGCAAACACUUAUCUGUUAAAUGACUCAAUAAUACAUUAAACAAACAAGAAGAAAUUUUAUUGAAAGUUACAUUAUAACACUGGGAUUCAGCCCUUGUAGAAAAACAGGUGUAAACAACAACUUGGUCCUAUUUCAGCACCAGACCAUGUCCUGUUCAAUGUUCUAGUGUGUGUCUUCAAAUCAAUAUAUUUCAUUCCUUAAUCCAGAUGUUUCAGUUUUGCCACUUUACCAACUGAGUUCCCAGUUUAAAUGUUUCCAGGGAUGCUUGUGUGAACUGAAGAGGGCAUUAGUACAAGUGAUGGUACUAUGCUUUACACCAAACAUGCUAGAGCUCAGUCAAGCUGGGAAGGAUGGAAUAUUUCAUGAGUGUUCAGAUGAUCAUUUCCCUGUCUGUUGGAAAUGCGUAGUACAUUUCUCAUGUAAUAACGGCAACUUUUAGUUGUAUACAUGACGUUUUUACCUGCGAAGCUCUGAAUGUUUGACUCUUCUGAACAAUCCCCUUUGUGUGUUUUGUUUUCUCCGAGCAUUGGCUUUGAAUGCAUUGAUCAUUAUCAGCUCUGAUGUAGCCUCAACCUUCUGUAUCUAACUGAUUUCUAAUGGCCUUGUCUGUUUUCAUGUCUGGGGGUCUGUAGCAGAGCUGGGUGCAGCUAGUCUAACUUGAUAGGCAAAUGGUAGCAGGACUCUGAGCAGCUCCUGUUAAGAUUUCUCAGACUACUGUAUGAACUACACGGCUUUCACAGCUGCACUGAUUUCCUAAGCAUAUGCACCAGCAUGGUGUUUCCUUGCAACAACAUGACAACAAUUUUAUGAAAAGAAGAAAGUAAAAAAGGACCAAAAACUUGCUAUAAGUGUGUUUGGUCAAUACAUUUUUGUUCUAGAAAUCCAGUUAGGUGUAUGGGUCUCAUGUAAGUAUUUCUCCCAUAGAUAACAAGGUAAUUGUUUACAGUAUAGAUAUGGUUGUGGCCCUGGUCUAGUGUUCAGUCUGUCAUACCCCUCUGUAAAACAUGGUGUGGAACUGUGUAGUAAAUCUAGGCCCAUUUUUGUGUGGUGCUGUGCAUAGAACAAUUAAUACAGUACCAUGUUUUAAGUCACAGGAGCCCAAAAGUGACCAGAUCCUAUUUUAUGACCAAUAAAAUUACAAAAACAAACGCACCAUACUUUUGAAGAAUUGUUUUUAGAGAUAGAAUCUUAGUAUUUUGUGGGGUGAACAAAAAAGAAAAAUAGAGGUUCUGAUAAAUAAAGGGGCAUUGUGCAGUGCAACAUAUGAUUUUGCUUGAAACGUGUCGCAUAGAAUAGUCAAGUGAUGAUAAUGAAUCUUGUCAGGAUGCGUUUUAUUCUCUAUCUGUGACUUGUUUGUUUGUUUGUUGGACCCCUGCUGAAUAGGGCAAGUGAUACAAUCUGACUGUCAGCAGGAACCUCUUAAGAGAUUGUCGAAAUUCACCUCCCCACUUUGGGAGAGUAGACUGUUUUAUCUUGAGCUGAUGUCUCAUCCUUGCAUGACAGUAAUUUCCCUAUCUCACUGUGGUAGACCUUCAUUUUUUUGUUGUUGUUGUGUGUAUUAGGGACAGAUGUCAAUGUUUGUGUUGGUCACUGUCCAUAAAUAUUGGUGAGAUCAGAUUCAGCUUAUAUCAGUGGUUACAUGGUAAAUAAAUAGGUUAAAAGAAAUCUGUACCUAUUUUACAGAGUUUCUGUGGAACUAAAUUGUACCAACAUGUUAGUAACACUGUUAGAUUGAGUUGAUACCACAAACUACUGUCUGUCUACUCCAAAUUUUGGUUGCACAAUAUUUAAUGGUACUUUUGAUCAUAUGUGAUAGUUUUCACCAUCCACUACAUGGUAAAUAUAUCAUGGAAUGUAAGACUUAAGGUAGCAAGUGUCCAAUGGGGACACAUUGAAUAACAUCCCGGAAAGUCAAUUUUAUCAUCUAAUGCACACGUGUUCCAUAAAAUAAAGUGCAGCCGAAAGAAUGAUAACUUGUUGACCGAAUUGUUAGCUAUUACUGUGGCCUUAUGAUGAAUGGAAGGUAUGGGGUGUGUGAUGUGCUUACAGGCAGUAUGAAAUAUCAAGGCUUUCCUUUGGUUAACAUAGAGAGUUGUGUCACUUAGGUGCAUAUAAGCAUGUUUGGUGAGAGACAGGUAAUGCUUGACUUUUAUUACACUUAUGUUAACGUUAUUCAUGUAGAUGAUUUAAGGCACAUUGUCAGAGAUGGUCCAGUUUUUAAGAAAGUUAAAACAUCCUAUUGAUUAUUAUAUAUUUUUUUACUUUCUUUAUUGCUGCUCUACUGUUUUCUCUUUAUUCUGCUAUAAGAUUAUGUCUUGUAUGUCAUUCGUAUUUUUUUUUUUUUUACGGGUUCUGUUCCAUGGCACUGACAUUGUAAAACAUAUGCAGUUAAAUAGUUUGGUAAAGGAGUUUAGCAUACAUGUUGCUUCUUAUCUAUUGUCCCAUGAAGCUAUUUCCUGAGUUUUGUUUUCUAUAAAGAUACUUUCCUUGUCAGUC